AGGAAACGGGGAUGGAGGGGGCCUCCGAGGGGGUGAUGAUGAAGUCAAUAAAUAAGGACAAGUGAGGCGAGUCAAAGAAGAGGAUUGCGCCGCAUUUCACGCGACACGAACGUCCCGACAUGUGUCCGUGUGUACAGUGCGUGCUUUACAGUGGAAUUCCUGUAGAGAGCAGUAGAUAGUUUUAAUAAGUGCUUACACCGCCGAGCGCUCCCCUUACUGUACCGGGCAUAAGCGGAGGGAGGAGCGAGCGUGUAGUAUUUCUUUUUCGCUUCUUUCCCCCCGCUGUCGUUGCAGCCCAUCCAAACGCUACUGGAAGGCAACAAAAAGGGGAAACAAACGGCUCGAAUCCGCGCUGAAGCUUUGCACGAAGGAGCACUGGGGGUUGUUGUCCGAGCGCGGAGAUAAUUUGACGGUACGAGGCGCAGCAGCUUGGCCGAGGAAUGGGCUCGGAGUGAGGGGACGGGGGAGCCAUCCAGCGCUUCUCUACUGCUACACUUGUGCAUGAACCGGGGACUUUCUCCCGCUUUAUUUCCGCCUCGUAUCCCAGCUGGAAGUUGUGUCCAAACCGCGUGGGGAGUAACUGAAGAGUCUGCGAAGACCUGUGUUGGGAUAAAAGCUGUAUUCAAAUCUAAAGAAAGGGCACUGAAGUGAAGGCAGCUGACAACCAAGAACAGAGGCAAGGAGGACUGCACAACGCAGGAGGCCUGGGGAAAUCAUUAACUCCACGCUCGCGCAGUAUGACUGCCUGGAUCCCACUCCUCCCUCUGCGUUCCUGAGACUGUCAUCCACCUCCAGCCCUGGCCUCAAGGCCAGCUGAUUUACCCGUGGAGCCUCCAUCAUCUUUCAUAUUUUCCAGCAUCACCGUGAGCAACGACACACCGGGUGCACUCCUUUUGGAGAAACGCCCAAAACCCACCUUCCAAGGACCCCAGGGACCGGCCCCUAGGGACCGGCCCCUGUUAUGUUUUGUUGACCGACUCGUCCCAACCGGCGAAUGACAAGUGUGCAUCCGAGGGUGGGGCUUGCCUCAGUCUCUCAUGAUUGGCUGCUGGAUGGAAUUAAGGUGAAUGGAACACAUGCCCAAGGAGCAGGACUCUAACCCAUCAGAGGGAGAAGAGAAACAGUGGCUCAAUGGCCCAAAAAGGAAGAGGAAGAACAGCCAAUGUUCGGUGAAGAGCAUGACUGGGUACAUUCCCAGCUACCUCGAAAAGGAUGAGCCAUGUGUGGUGUGUGGCGACAAGGCCACAGGUUACCACUACCGCUGCAUUACCUGCGAGGGCUGCAAGGGUUUUUUUCGUAGGACCAUUCAAAAGAACCUCCACCCGACCUACUCCUGUAAGUACGAUGGUUGCUGCAUCAUCGACAAGAUCACCCGCAACCAGUGCCAGCUGUGCCGCUUCAAGAAGUGCAUUGCUGUGGGCAUGGCCAUGGACUUGGUACUGGAUGACUCAAAGCGGGUGGCUAAACGGCGCCUGAUUGAGGAGAACAGGGAGCGGCGUAAGAAGGAGGAGAUGGUAAAAUCCCUCCAGAGCCGUCCGGAGCCCACGGGGGCCGAGUGGGAGCUGAUCCGCUUGGUGACAGAGGCCCAUCGUCACACCAAUGCUCAGGGCUCACAGUGGAAGCAGAAGCGCAAAUUCCUGCCAGAGAAAAUCGGCCAGUCUCCAGUCGCUCCAACAUCAGACGGAGACAAGGUGGACCUGGAGGCCUUCAGCGAGUUCACCAAGAUCAUCACUCCCGCCAUCACCCGUGUCGUUGACUUUGCCAAAAAACUGCCCAUGUUCUCUGAGCUGCCUUGUGAAGACCAGAUCAUCCUGUUGAAGGGCUGCUGCAUGGAGAUCAUGUCCUUGCGCGCAGCCAUGCGCUACGACCCGGACAGCGAGACGCUGACGCUCAGUGGGGAGAUGGCUGUGAAGCGGGAGCAACUGAAGAACGGCGGGCUGGGCGUGGUGUCGGACGCCAUCUUUGAUUUGGGCAAGAGCCUGGCACAGUUCAACCUUGACGACACGGAAGUGGCGCUCUUGCAAGCCGUGCUUCUCAUGAGCUCAGAUCGCUCAGGCCUGACCUGUACGGACAAGAUCGAGAAGUGCCAGGAGACGUACCUGCUGGCGUUCGAGCACUACAUCAACUACCGCAAGCACAACAUUCCCCACUUCUGGCCGAAGCUUCUGAUGAAGGUGACGGACCUGCGGAUGAUCGGGGCGUGCCACGCCAGCCGCUUCCUUCACAUGAAGGUGGAAUGUCCCAACGAACUCUUCCCCCCGCUCUUCUUGGAGGUCUUCGAGGACCAGGAGGUGUGAGACACACUUGCCGGCACGCAAAGGGAAGAGAAAGUUGGAGCGAAACAGAAGAUGGGUUAGUCCAUCGUGUUUGUGGAGGAAGAAUGGAGGGAGAAUCCUCUCUGCAGGAAUCUGCAUUUCUCUGACAUCACAUUCACAGUAUGUGGUUUUAAAACUGGAAACAACAAUAUCAGAAACGACACACCAGCAACAGGAGAGUGAAGCAAACAGAGGAUUUUGUUUUGUGAACACCCUCUUCUCCACCUCUUUCUCCUCCCUAUACCAACCCCUGUUUUAAAAUCUGUUUGGGGGCCCUUCUGUCUGAGCAUGAUGUCUUAUCUAGUAAGAGUUGUAGCCAUUUGCCAAGACACAAACACACAGACACACACACACACACCCACUCACAGCCUGUUCCACCUCAGUUCUUCAGGGCAGCACUCUUUGCAGGGUCAGUUUCCCCUCCUUGGUUUUAUUGUAGCGGUCACAGAUUUACACUUGUCUUGAAGCCCAUGUUUCCAGCGUCAAAGCUGGCCAGCACCUCUCAGUAUUAUUUCUGAAUAAGUGUUAAGGCAUUGAUUCAGAAGGUAUGGACAGUAGUGUCAUAUCGUUGCUCACAGUCAUGCAGGCGCACGCAAUCAGCAGACACUGCACAUUAAAAUUUCAGCAGACGUUGUAAACGUUUCCGUGGUGUAUAACGGCGGCAGUAAAGCAGAGCAGCCACACCACUUAUCAAUUACUCAACUCAAUCUGAGCCAUGACAGCUGUUUUGGAGCUUGUUCUUCUCAUAUCCCUGUGAAACCGGUGCUAUAUUUAUAUAAGGCUACUCCAGUUUUAUGAAAUUGUGUUCUCUACCUUUGAAAAACAUACAGACCAUGGCUCCAUAUCUACCUUCAUUUUUGUCAUUGGACCGGUUCCUGUGACAUACAACACACACACAUACGCACACACACAUGAGCAGACUUGCCUUGUCAUUGCCUAUGCUGCUUGUGCCAGCAGCCUACCAUCUUAUGAAUGACAAGUAAGCCCUUCUCUGUCUGAAGAGUUACAGCAUUGAAGGAAGGGAAGGAAGCGAAAAAGAAGGGGGAGGAGAAAGGGAGAUGCUUAGAGGGGAGGCGGGAGAAAAGGAAGGCACAGGGACAGAGAGAGGAAUUACACCGUAAAAGCUGGACUAUAGAUUCUGAGCCAGGGGUCAGAAGUAAAUCUCCCACACCCAACCUCCGAGGAGGUUCUGAAUAGCAGCAAACACCAGCAAGACGGCAGGGCUCAUCACGUAUACACACUGACUCUCUUUUUGUCUUUUUAACUCUCUCACACACACACACACGAAAACACACAUCACCUCAGAGUAACGUGAAUGCCUCAUUUUACUGUAUGCACUGCACGGCAGUGUUGAUAUACAGCCCUAACCUGCAGGGUUUGUACAGAGUCCUCUUCUCGUGGGCUCAACUCAGUGUGGCCCCUCCAGGCUUCCAUACACAUUUGCCUUCUGUUUUGAUUUUUUUCUUGUUUUUUGGUUAUUUUAUUCUAUUUUUUUAUUUUAACAUGGGCGUCACUGAGAGCAGGCAAAUGCCAAGAAGGCUACCAUUUACCUCAAAGUGGACACACCCCUAGGCUGGGGCAGCAUUACUGCCCCUGUGGUGUCAGGCACUACCUCACCUCUGUGGACACAGGGCAGCUGCCCACAGCCUACACACAGACAUACACCAUUCGAGUUGGAGCAUGUGUAGAAUGACACACAGAUGUGCAUAGCUUUUUGCGGAGGUGCACACUCGUAGUCAUGGAAAGACACAAACAUUCGCAGAAUACACACACAUACACACAGCGCUAUCACUUGGUUCAAAUGAAAUACCACUGAAGACAGGAGGGCCAACCAUCCCCCUGGAAGGUUUUACCCCCUUCCAGGGAGUGGUACCCAUAACAUUUGGGUUAUCUCUUUUUUUUAUUUUUUUUUUUAUUUUAUCAAGUGGGACCAAGUGUCAUCUUUUCAAAUUUGGAUUUACCAGUUUCUCUAAAGACAGAAACCGAGUCGCAGAAGCAACGAAGGACAGCGUGGGAUGUGCAGCCCAUUAAAGCAAAAAGCAGCAAGAGGAACAAUUACACAGAGUUACCAAUAAGUCAAGGUGGCCACGCCCGUCAAAUCAGCAUGCAAAGAAAGGGCGAUUUCCAUCUGCAUGGUGAUGACGUACCACGCUACACUUAUGAUAGCUGCCACUGGAGCUUGGUAAAUAUUUUCAUGGAAAAUUUCAGCUUUCUGUCAUGCAUGGGCAGAGUGUUUGACAUAAAAAAUGAUGGAGUGAAGCCUGCUCACAGGCAACUCAACCGCACUUCUAGCUUCCCAACGCUCACUACUAUAGCAGUAAUAUCUCAGCUCAAACAUCCAUGGCAGAUAUGAUAAGUUUACCCUCCAAAUGACCAUACAAGAGUGUUUGAUUUGAUUUCAAAAGCUCACUCUGCUCAAUCCAAUUCUGGGGCCAAGCCAAAUCUAACUGGGUUGAAAGAAAUCUAGUCUAUUUUCUAUCCAAUACCGAGCUGUAGUUUAUACUGGGCGCAUGCACACCAUGGGUUAUCCACACCCCCUCAGAGCUUGAGUGCAGUUGGGAGGGGAGAGGAACUGGAACACUGUCUUUGGGCACAGCGGUGGAGUCUGGUUUGACUCUUCCUAAAGUCCAUCACCACCUCUAGAGAUCCAUCCCCACUCUUCUUUUUUCUACCCUCCUCUUGUCCAGUCCGUGACAUUGCCCUUUCUGGAGCCUAGCUCAAGUCUAAUACUGCCCCGCCAUCAAUAUGAUAACAGACCCCACUCAGCCAGGCUGGUGGGAGUUUUUGCACUAAUGCAACAGCCCAUAAACUCUCCUUUUCAGAUUAGUUUCCCCAAUUAAAAUUGACCACAAAUGGGUAUCCUGAGCUGCUCUGUGUAACGGGGCCUUUUCACUUGCAGUGGGCUCGGCCCUAAACCUGUCCUGUUGUCAGUAUUACACCAGUAGAACCAAAACAGCCCAGAAGCAGGGGGCAGAGAUCCCUCCCUAGGAGGGCUUUCUCUUUAUCCGUGUAGUACUCACUGUCCCAUACCAGAGCCCACUCAAAUUUCACUUUAAGCCCUCCUCUGAACACUGAAAAUCCUCUCCUUUUCCCAAAGCAUCCUAGCUGUCACCACUGAGCAGUUCAUACCCAGUUUUGUCCAGAUUCAUUCACACCAAACAGGAUCCAGGCCUUGUGAAACAAGGCUGGCCAUAACUGCCCUUUUAGAGUGGCGCCACCAAUUGAAUGUGACCGGCAAAGCAGCAGGGAUGAGAGACUGGAGUGUGAGAAUGCGAGGAUGCAAGAGAAGAAGAAAGGACAGGACAGGAAACAAACAAACAAACAAACAAAGCUGAGGCCCCAACCCUCACUGCCAUCAUUGACAUGGGCGAGAGGGGGUGAUGUGGCUGGUUGCAGAGACGAUGUCGUCAAACACACGGAGGAAGGGCGGAUGUCCCCUUCGGCUCCCACGCAGCCCCACGCGAACCCCCGCUCCUGUGCCAGCUGACGACCCUAAAUGUCCUCCCUCAGCUUCCUCUGUAAGGAUAACCUCCAACGUUCAGAUUGUGAGGAUCAGGAAGACAGAUCCCGCAUUCCUGAGAUGCAGGUUUGGGAUUCCAACACAUCUUUGUAAAAGAACCGAAAAAGAAAUCGACGUCCUUUGUUGUCGUGAGCUGACUGGGUAUGUGCGUGUGACAGUAGGGGUUAUAAUGCUGCUUUUUACCUUCUGAGUCUGAUGUAGAUUAAGAAAACAAAAGAUAUAUGAAAAGGAUUUUACAUCCAUCAAACAAUAUGAAAAAAAAGAUGACUUUAAAAAAAAGACUCCUGAACAAAAUUAUUGGAGAUUUUUUUUCAUUUUAUCAUUGUUUUCUUAUAUUUCUGUUUGUUUGUUUGUUUGUUUUGACGCUUCAACUGCUCUGUGUAAAAGAAAAACAAAACAGCUGUUGUCACUUUUUGACCAUGUGUGCAGUGUAACAUAGAAAAAACUUCACUUCUUUUUCACGUCUAUAGUUUGUGUUUGUAAGCCAACUGAUCUGUUUGUCCGUGUGUCUGUCCAGUUGUCCGUCCCCUUUUAUCAGGAGAAAAUUUACAACCAACAAAAAAAAAAAACAGGAAUUUCUUUUUUAUAUAUAUAUUUUGUUCCUUUUUUUUAAUGAAAUACAUCUUUGGAGGAAAGAAAAAAACAAAUAGAAAAAAAAUAAUGCAACAUAAACUGAAAAUACAAAAAAAAACAAAAAAACUGAAACACAAUCUUGUCAUACCUCACACAACACAAGACUCAAAGGAACUUGGGAGGAGUCAUAUUUUGCAGGCACAUGUGAAAGUUCAGAGAUGCAUAUAUAGAUUUUAAAAAAAUGUACAUGUCGAGAUAAUAUGUGCUUGUGUACGCAUCAGUGUAAGUUACAAAAGGACUCUUCCCUCAAGCUUUGGUGCCCUCUAGAUUAUUGAUUUGGUUCUCGAAUGACAGGAGGUGCAACUUAAACGCAAGAAAAUGUUGAGACAUCAGCUCUGAGCUCUGCCAACGCGAGCACUUCUCCACCUUAAAGGCACAGUCUUUAGACAGUAAACCUAAAAUGUGAAUGGCCCAGAGACUGAGGGAUUUUGACUUCUGUAAUAGCUGAGUGUUUUAUGGAAUUGAAUGUAGCUGACAGGAGGGGGCUGGACCUGAGCCCGGCACCCACAACCUAACUUCCACACACCAGCAGAGAGGAUAGUGGUGUCACAUAGACGUUACAAAACAACCAACAAAACUGAGAAUAUAUAUAUUGCCCGUCUGCAAGGUGCAAUACUAUGUUAUGUAUUUUUCUAUGAUUUGUGUUUUGUUUUGUUUUUUUCAUUUACAGCUUAUUUUGGCCAUAACCAAGGAUGUAAAUACAAAAACAUACAACACUCGAAGAUUCAUUGUAAAAAGUCAAUUUAACCGCUCCAUCCCAUUGUCAUGCAAGUGGAUAAAAGUAAAAAGAAAAAAAAGAGCAAAGUAAUGUGUAAUGCUUGUUGCAUUUUUUUUUAUGUGUGCACCCUCUCACAUGUGCAUGCAGAUCCAUAUUCAGAAGUGCCCUGUGACAUUAAUCAUAAGCCCUGUGCCUCCUGUUGUUUGCAAAGAGAUCGAUGCAUACCCCUCGUGUUCUCACGCUUCACAUGAAUGAUUAUAGUUUUGUGUGUGAGUGUGCGUUUACCUAUGGGAUCAGAUUCCGUUUUUCCAAACUAUUGAUGUGAGUGUUGCCAGCAGCUGCGGCAGUUAAAGGUCAGGAGUGCAGUGGGGGAUGCUUUAUUAAAGAGACGCUUCACCCCAAAGUCAAAUCUACAUGGCCCAUAGUAGAGCCGGGGUUCUCAAAGUGUGCUGCAGUGGCUCUCGAGGCAUUUUUGUGGCCCAAGUAAGAAUCCACUACUAUAUUAUUAUAUAUAUUUGCAUAUAUUUUAUUCAUCCACAGUUCUAUCAGGACCAAGAAGCCAAAAGUAAGACAUGACAGGAAAACAAGGACUUUAUUACAGUGUCAAAGAGCAGUGGAUAAAGAGGCAGGUCGAUCUAGCAAUAGGGAACCCAACAGAAAAAUAGGGAAAUAGGAAAACAACAGAAAAGACUUGGGAAAAGUGGGGCUUGACCAAGACUGAUAGGUAAGGGUGAUAAGCAACAGGUGAAUUCAAUAAGCAGAACAUGUUAAAAGAAAAGAAAAUUCAACAAUCAACUAAUUUUCUGAAGAUACACACACUUUAAAAAAAACUUUGAUUAAAUGUGCAUUUUUCUUGCACUCCCUAAAUCUGCAAUUGGUCAUCAAAACACCGAGAACCCCUGACCGAGAUUAUGUUGGUCUGAGUUGCCUUUUUUUUCCCAGAGAUAUGAGCUGCAGAAACAUCAGCCUUCUCUUGAGGAACAAUAUUUCUAACUGGCACAUUUGCUUUGUGCUACUUAAAAAAAGAAACUCCCCUAUCCAACUGAGAUUUCAGUCACCAAACGUAUCGCUGCACUGAAGGGAAGCAUGCAUCUACCAUGUGACAAGAAGCUCAUGCCUAUGACAGAAUGUGAACAUGACCAGCAUUCAUUUCAGCUGAGCGUUAAUGCUUUUCAUUUGCAAUGGCAGGCUUAGUUUAGUGCAAAGAAGACAGCCUGUACCUGAAACUGGUCAUGUCGCAACAAGGUUUCUGACUUUUCUGUAAGUAACUUCACAUUACUUCUGAGUUUUAUAGAUUUUGCGGCACUUAGUUACGUUAUAAUUAAAGAGAAAAUAGGCAUAUCUACAAAUGAUAUAUCAAAAACUGUGCAACUCACACCAAAAUAAUCCAGGUAGAUAAAUGUGUAUAUUUGAUUUUGGGUAACUUACAAAGGGAAGUGGGAUAGGGAGCAGGUUAUUAUUGGGCAUGAAUGCAAGUUGAAACAGCUGUUUAACACCCACAUCGUAGUUGUCAAAGUCUAAAAUGGAUUAGUCCAUUUGUCCACCAUCCCAAUGCCCCAAAAAGCCAGCCUAAAGACACUGAAUCCGAACUUUGAGGAUCAAUUUAAGUGAAACCCGAAGUAGUUUGCAACAAGUACGUGAGGCCUCAUUAACACAAGUCAUUUCAGAUGCCAUUAGGGCCUACUUCCACGGGUCAUUUACUGAUGUGGUUGCACUUGCGACGCAUAAAGAUUACUUGUGCAUCUUGGAGAGACAAAUGUGUAUGUAUAGCAUUUCAGUAACUAGCUAAAAUGAGUCUGGAAUCACCUCUCGAAUUAGUUUCCGCAAUCAGAUCUCACUCAGUUUCAAAUGCUUUUCUGGAUCCAUUUCCUUUUUUCGCUUCUAUGAGAUUGAAUAGCUAACCAACCUUCCCACAAUGCAUAAAUUAAAGUACAAAUGGUGUCUUAAAUGAUGCAAGUUUGAACCAAGCAUCAUAUUUUCAGCUCCAACUGUUUAAAGCUGAAAGUAAUUUUGGUUUAUAACAAUUGGUGACACCCCGAGCUCAAACAAAUCAUGCUGUUCCUCACCACAACAAGCAGACUGAUGUUUUUGAGGCUGGCUUUGUGGAGCUUCUCAGCCCUUCCCCUCCAUAGAUCCUGGUUUAUUCUCACAUGUUGACAUGUUGGACAAGGGUGGAGAUUGUCUGUAAUGUCUUUUGGUUUUAUGGUUGUUUUUGGUUCCCCUCUCCCCUCCCCCAUGCCAAAUGUAGAGUUUGUUAAGACAUGCAAGUAGCAAGAUGUCUAUGCAAUUUCCCUCCAAAUCCCUCCGACAGACAUGCUCACUGUAACAACUGUGAGCCGGUCUUGCUUAUGAAAUCAGAUUUGGCCCUUGCUUGAAUUCCAGAGGUUCUUUGCAUGACCCAGAGACCCUUGCUACUUUGUGUGGGUGCGGGCCAGGACUGUUGGGGUUAGCUGGCCUUUAGCCCAGCCUGCUUGGCUGGUCCUUAGGCUCAGUAAAUCUUCACAGUCGUGUGGGACCCAGAGAAGUAGGAGGGGUUCCGGGGAUGUUGUGGAGAACAAGGAUUCUACGAGACGUGCUGGUUUUUUGUAAACUGCUCAGAAAGUGGUGUGUGUAUGUAUAUGUGUGUUGUUUGGAAUUUUGCUUGUGUGCGUCUAAUGCGAUGCUCUCAUUGUUUGGUGCGUUAAGGUCUCAGAGCCUCAAAUUACAAAAUUUAAACCAGGCCCUAAAUUCAGUCUUUCUUGAAUAUGUAGCUUUAAUCUUUGCAUAUUGCGACCAAGUUGCUGAAAUGUAUGUAUUCAAAGUAAUCGACGUUCAUAUGUGGAUUUUAUGUAGCAUAAGUAAGGUUAGUUAACCAUGUGCUUACCUCUGCUUUUGAAAUGUGAGGCAAGUGUUUGAUAGCAAAAAUCCAUUUUCCUUUAGCACUUACUUAGAAGCACUUUGAAUUGACCAAACCAACAGUAGGUAGAAGAUUCUUCAGAGGUAAUACUAUAAUCAUAAAUAUAUAUAUAUGUAUGUAUAUUUAAAUUGCACCCAAGCCAAAUGACUUUUGCACCAUUAAAUUUCUGUUCAAUCUGAAAGUAAAAACGGCAGAGGCCUUUGGGCAAAGCCAUGCAAUGAAAUGAUCAAUUAUAGCGUUUACAAUUAUUUUGAAUGAAGUGCAAUAAGUGGCUGAGUAAACAUUGUGAAUUUUAUUUGAUUUUUUUGUCUAAUCAGAUCUCUUUCUUACAUUUGUGUGAAAAUAAUGCACUGUCCCAUGAGAGCAUCGGCAAGACCCAGUACACACACAGACACACACACGUGCACGCACACACGCAAACACAGACCACUUUUUGUGAAUGGGUAAAGGAAGCUAUUGAAGGAUUCUCUCAGGUAAAAGAACAUUUUCUAAUAAAUGAUGAUGAACCUUGGAUGAAAAAAACAUUGUUAGCUCCUCUUUUUUUGUCUCAAUUUGCAAUCACCAGUGUUCAUUUUACAUUUGUUCUGUCAUUAUUUCCUGGAUGGAAACGAGUAGACAUCCAGGUUCCCAGAAAUCGGACCCCGAGUCCAACCUCGGACAGAUAAAACCAGGCCCUCACUGCUUUCUUAACCCUAAAUCGAAAUCGAUUUCUCUACGUGUGGGGAGUGUUUUGUCUGUUGGUUUUUGUUUGUUUGGUUCGGUGCUUUUGUGUAUCGCUUGGGUUUUGUGCUGCACUAUAUGGAAGACCAUUCCUGCCAGAAAAAAAGAAAAACAUCUAAAAUAUUAGGAGUAUUUUUUAAAGCAUCAGAUUGAUAAGAAAAUGCUGAGAGAUUAAGCCAUCAUUUUUACUUAAAGGAGAUCGACUCACAUGUUCGAGUCGUAUAUUUUGAUUUCACGCGGGGAUUAUCAUCACUUAAUUUUGACAUUUGAUUAAUUUAAAGUGUUCAGUAUGGGGUUAUAACAUCAAAGUGACAUAUGUUUCAUGAAACAUCUCUUUCAUAAAAAAUCAUGAAAGAGAAAGUCAAGACGUUGACUUAAGAUCUGUUGUUUUUGACUCAGUUUGGUCAGUUUUUUCCUGGAAUAGGUGAAUUGCCAUAACACAGUAAAGACAUACAUAAUGAUUGAUUUUGGUUACGAUUUUAUUUUUGAUUAUCAAUAAAUUACAUUCACAUAGAUAUGUGCAAGAAUAACUGUGUGCAAAAAUAAAUUCAUCCUUUCAUGUCAGCAACACUCUCGCGUCUUUGCACUCUUUAGGGUCAAAGUGCCAGCAGCAAUAUUCAGCUUUUCCUCAUCCAAUUGCUUGUGGUGUACAUACAGCAGUGCAUGGCUCCCAUCCAAGCCAGGCACUAUUUGCCCUCAGUGGGGAAAAAAAGAACUGGCUGUAGUCCUCCAUCCACAGGCCUCUUUUAUUUUCUGUUUAACUCUCAGUUGUAUGGCUAAAACCAAGGCUGUGCAUGUAUAUAAGUGUGUGCUCGUGGAUGUUGCUGUUUCACAUGAGAACUGUGCUGUGUGCAAUGAACAUCGAGUGUAAGUGUGUGAAUGCUGAAUGUCUGUGAGUGCUGAUGUCUGAUGGACCUGCUUUGCUUCCCCUUCCAAAAAUCCCUAAAGCACCUUUUCAGGCCGCGGUGUGUGACGGAAGUCUGUGAAACAGAUUCCUGUCACAUACUUGUGUUAUUUCCUUUGAAGAAUGUAACCAACACUGUGUUCAGCGGGCUAACAGAGAGGAAGAAGGAGGGGUCACUUGGGAAGCAUUUCUACUUGAGUGUGGCAGGACUGCAAGAGAUAAAAAACAAAACAAAACUGUGAAUUUCAGGAGUGGGUGAUAUUUUAAACUAAAAGCUGCAUCAGUUCUUACAAAUGGACUGUUGCUGCAGAAAAGAGCAGCCACGGCUGCGCUUCGAGGCUUUGUAAUUUUGGGUUCUCUUUUCCAAUGAUGGCCUUAUCGAUUGUUUUUAUAUCCCUCCUCCUGUGUGGCAUUGCUGCACAGCAUGCUUCAUAGGACUCCAGAGGAUUUAUUAUGAAGGCUUGCACUUAGAAAUGCUGUGGAGUUUGUUCUCGGGGAAAAGAAUGAAUUAAUAUGCUGCAUGGUAGGAACUGAGGACUCCCAAGAGUGACUUUUAGGUUAUCGCUACAUACAAUAUUAAAUGACUAUGUCCAAGCUAGUACUCCCUUUGUGGCUGCAUUAGUGCAACAAGAAAAUCAGAAGAGAAAAUUGAAACACAUGAGCUAAACAAUGUAAUCAAAGCACCAAAUGUUAUUUAUUGGACGAGCUACAAACAUUGUUGCAAAUUUCUGACGAUGUUCAGUAAGCGUGAAUUACAAUUGACUGUUAGAAUAUGUUUGAAUAGCUAUGUGUUAAUAGCUGAGUAAGAUACAUAUAAAUUAAGCUGUAUGGAUCAAGAAACUAAGGUCACCCCGUUUAUCCAAGGUUACAUUAAAGGGGAACAGUUAUCCUCAUUUCCAGCUAAAUAUUUUUUAUUCUUGGACUGUACUUGAGUUGCUCUGAAUGAGUCACAAUUCAUUAUUAUCCUUAUUUACCUCAUGCUCCAGUCACACUACAGAAAACAGAGGCUGGAGACAAAAAUGAUUGCAACAGUGUGAAAUGAACUUGCAAUCUUGUUACCUUUGAAAUGGUUGCUUUAGAGACGGGCGACCACUCGUCAGUUGCUGCCAUCAAGACAAUGAUAAAACAGCCAUAAGAUGAAGUCAGUCUUCUUUCAGUUUCCGACUCCAAUCACUUGCAAUCUCUUUAUGAUAACAUGGCAAUUUAAUAUAAUAAAGUCACGUAAAUCUCUCACAAAUACUACGUUUUGCUGUCCACAUUGCUCAAAUUGCUAUUAAGUAUCAACAAUCAGUCCAGCCAGAACCUCAUUGAUUUGUUUGUUUGUUUUAUAUGUUUAAAUGCAGAAUGACACAGGCGCUCGGUAACUAAGAAAACAUACCGCUAGUUGGCAGCCGGUUGAGGUGAUUCCCCUGCUGCAAAGACGUGUCAUAGAUGAGUUUCGCUGAUUGGCGCAGACUAUUGGUGACUGCAUUAUGUUGGCAAUCUGUCUGCAUUUAUAAAUCAGACUUUAAUUAUUUGCAAACCUGUUCCAGUCUGUCUGAGAGUGAUUGCACUCAGUCAGAUCGCCUUUGUUUGGAGACGGGUCGCCUCCCAACAGGCAAUCUGUGCAAACGCCUUGUGAUCAAAAGUGAUCACCGAGAAGUUGAGGGUGUUGCACGCUCAACCGCUGCAACAAUGAAUGCAAUCACUGGGCAACCACCCAUUUUUCCUUGUCGCACGGAGGCUGCCUUUUUUUACUCUCAUGUGACUGAGCCAUCAUACUCUGCCGUUAUUAUAUUUUACGAUAUUACCCUGUAAGCCAACUUUCUUCUGAUUGGCUGCCCCUCAUAAACAAAACAAAAAAAGGAAACUUCUGUGCUGGCAGCCUGAGCUGUGUGCCUGAAAUUACCAUAUUAGGGGAUAUCUGUUCUCAGUGACAUCACACCAAGUGAAGAGCACAGCCUAUGUAGAAAAGAUGAACUUUGCCCCUGUGGCACCCAAUUAUUAGGGAAGUCCCAUCUUGUGAAAUCACAGGAAUUACCCCUUUGUGGCCAUUAGAAAGAAUGCUGGUUUGAGGCACUUUCACAGUGCCUUUAAUAGUCACACCCAUGUUUUAUAUACAGUUUAUAGCCAAGAGUAGAGAAAAACUAUCUGAAAUUUGAGCUUAUGGCUCACAGGGACUACUUGAACUUAUCUCAACCUCAUUAUUUAAAACACUGACCAUGUUUAAUAUGAGUAUCCAGAGAAUAUAUAUGACAGAAAAUAUGUAAAAGCAUAGUCAGUCCCCUGUAAGCUCAGUUCAGUGCAGUAUGAUUUGGCCACUAUGAAUAACUUUACGUGGACACUGUUUUCCUUUGUACACCAAAUACCAAGUAAGAAGAGACUUAUAGGUGGUACAGUGGUGUGGACUUGGAAUAAGUUUUAUGCUGCUCUGACUGUCUGCAUGGAGAUUUAUAGAGAUAUUUUUUUUUUGUAAACGGGUGUAAAAUGCAUGCCUAGACAGAUAAGAAUGUACACGGAUUAGCUCAUUUAUUAACAAUCUAUCAAACAGAGAUACAGAUCAGAGAAUAUAUGAAUAUAUAAACUGUAUAGUAGUUGUACGGCGGUGGGGGCUGCUUAUAAGAAAAAUAUGCAAUGCUUGUCAGGUUGAAAAAUUGGUUUAAAACUGCUCAGGUUUGAUAAAAAGGCCUCAAAGGGUGCUUUCAUCCAUCCGUCUCUUUCCCACUCUCUUGGUCCAAGAUGUCUCACUUCUCCUCUGUUUUGUCAAACGCUCUCAGAACAUGUGCACCAUCAGCUCUCAUGGCCCACGAGCCCAUUCUUGUACGUAAAAUCAGAAGAAAAUGCUCUCUGGUCAGCGAACCUUAAGGAAAGAAAUCCAUUUAUUUCACUAUGUAGCAGGUCCAAGUCACUUUAUACAGCACCAGCAAAUUACCAAAAACCACCACGGCUUCAAGGCGCCAUGCCCACUGCUUACAUCGUCUUUACUGCACACCUUUUUGCCCACAAUGUUUGUAACAGAUAGGUCUGUGUUGCAUGUACAGAAAGCUUAGCAUGCUUAUAGUAUGUUCUGUGAAACUCGCAAAAACUAUGUUUCAAGGAGGGUUUCAUUUUACCAGGAAGCAGACAGUUCUACAUCCAGUAUGCAGCAGCUGGUGCUCGUACUAGAUGUUUUUAUGUCAGACUAUUUCUAGAUGGGGUUGUCAUGUACAAAUGUCUAUGAGCUAUAUGUGUCUGUAUUCACUAUUUUACUAUUGACUGUCCUAUUUAAAAGAGACACUUUGUGCAACACGGGUGUGUGAGGCCAUAUGAUAAAUCAAGAAAAAGUAAAGUCUUUAGAGCUGAAAUUAAUGGACUGAACGACUUAGUAGGGUGUAUUUUUUUCUUGAUUUAACAUGAAAACAUCAGUUUCAAGGUCUGUAUUGUGCAUUAACCACAACACUUUUUACAAACCUCAUGUGGUAAAUAUUACAGAAAAAUCAGCCAAUAGAAGCAAAGUAACCUCACAGUCGGAGAUGAAGAGCUCUUUCGCUCUCUCCCUCUUUUUUCUCUGUCUCUCGCUCUCUGGGUUAAGUUUUAAUUUGAUGUUUCUUUGGGAAUUUUUUUCUCCUCUGAUCUUCUCAAGGACAGUCUUUCAGCCUGCAUAUUUGUGUCGAUGGAAAAACACACUCCAAUACAUUUAACAAAAUCACAAAAAAAGGAACCACUGUUCUUUGUUUGAUACCACUCUUUCAAAUGUUCCUUGUUUCACUGUGACUGCAGAAGCUGCUGGGAAAAAAAGAAAAAAGAUGUGUUCUGCAGACACUCAGGGGUUGACCUGACCAGUCAGGGAUAAUUGGAAGGUGCCAAAGACAGGAUGCUAGGUGUUUUUGUUAGUUAUUUGGAAACUUUUCAGCCAGGUUAUUAUCUUUGGAGAAACCAGGAACAAUUUGCAAGAGACUGACGCAGAUUGAAGAUGUUACCUACCCCGAUCCAGGAUUAUGUGUAGGAUUUCAUCAAGUCAGUGGCUCAUGAAGUUCAUUUAGUUCAUUUUAAUUUAAACAAAACCUCACAUAAUGAAGUGAUUAUUAGUUGUAACAUUAGAAAAAGAUUGACAUAGCUACUGUUACACGGUCCCAUUUUGAUGCACAAAAUUAGUGUUUAAAAGAGAUUACUUUAUUAAAUAUGACUCAAAGCGAGUGAAUGAGCCCAGAAACUCAUCAGGACAGUGCUGUAGUAAAACUUGAUAAAGUGUGAGACAGGGCAGUUCAAAGUAAAAGUAAAUCAAUCAAUUGUCGAAUGACUUCUACCACUAGCUUGACUUGAUAUGUGAUACUAACUUAUGUAUUAUGCCAAACAUUGUUGCCAUUUUAGCCAAUUAAAUCACAUCAUGCAAGUAUCCUGAGAGAGCACCAUGUAGUUCAACACCAAAAUGUGGGAAAAGUUGCACAUUGCUGUGAAUUAUCACCCUGUUGUAUAGGAACAUAGUUACUAACAUGCAGCUAACUUGGCUAAUACUAACUGCUAAUCGACAGGUGGUUAAUUUGCCAUGUGUUGAUUGGUUGAUUGAUUGUUGCUAUAAUGAUCCCACCAACAAAGAUAAAUGGUGUAUCUGUCAGCCCGACACACAUGUCAUACAGUAAAUACAACAUACGAUAACAGUGUGUCUUAGUACUAGUUUGGCAAUAACGCAAACGGAAACAACAAGAUUCGGACUUGACUUCACAUGGUGGGUGUCAUUAAUAAUAGCAAUUUUAUGGCUGUUACACAAGAACCUUUAAAAUUGGCACCAACUUCCAAGAAAGAAAAAAAAAGAGUCUUUAUAUUGUAAGCCAGAACAAUAGAGAUCUCCUGUUUAGCAAGAACUUGGCAAUUGUGCUGCUUUUAGGACACUGUGCAAACAUAAAAGAAGGAAAUCCAGAAGUUGGUACAUAUUUCUUUUUUAUGGGCUCGAGAGAACAUCGUCAUCUUGGAAUUCAGUUAUUAAAACAUAUUUAUGGUUAUUUUUCACUUGUCAAUCACAGAUAUCCCUCAUCUUAGAAGUUAUUAUGAAGACUGCCUAAAACUGAAAGAGUUUUUAUUUUUAUUAUUCUUGAACUGAAUUUUAUGAGUCACUGAAGGAUUGAUGUCGAGGUCCUGGAACAGUACUAGACAAGGGGAGAGAAUACAACUCCAAAGGAAAUAAACACUGGGAUGGAAAGCUUCGGUAGAAAACCAUUGAGA